UCCCCCCGGGCGUCUACCUGCCGCUGGCUGCGGACGGAGCGCACUCGGUGCGGGAAUGGCCACGGGAGCGUCUGCCGCCGCCAGCUGCCGCCUCUCCAUGGAUUACGAGGCGAAGGUGUUCCCUCAGACCGGCGGCUACGGGCGCUACAACCGGGUCGCGGUUGUUUUCAGCUGGUUCCCCACCUUCGCGGUCAUGCUGAACCUCUUCAGCGACGUUUUCUACACCCUGAUCCCGAGCGCGUACCGCUGCAAGCCGGACCCGGAGCUGCUGCCGUCCUCCUUCAUGCCCAGCAACUACUCGGCGGAGGGCUACCUGAACCUCACCGUCCCCUGGGUGAAAGGCUCCGGCCUCAGCCACUGCGAGCUCUACCGGUACCCGGCGAACAUCUCGGAGCUGUCCGGAGAGGUGCCGCGGACGGCGGUGCCCUGCACCAGAGGCUGGGAGUACUCCGCCGUGGCGGGACUCCAGAGCAACUUUGUCACGGAGUGGAACCUGGUGUGUGACGACUACUGGAAGGUCCCGCUGCAGCAUAUCUGCUUCAUGAUGGGAUGGAUUGUGGGAUAUGUCUUUCUGGGUUCAUUAUGCGACUGGUUGGGUCGUCGCCGGGGUUUCCUCCUCUCCAUCACGCUGUCCAGUCUGUUCGGGGUGGCCGUGUGUCUCUCCAGCAGCGCUGUGGUGUUUCUGCUGCUGCGGCUCUGUCAAGGCGCCAUGCUCGCUGGCGUGUUCGUGUCCUCCUACAUUCUCAGGUUGGAGCUGUCCGACCCUCCCCAUCGCCUCAUGGUUGCCAUGAUCGGCGGCUUCUUCGGCGUCUCCGCGGAGCUGCUGUUGCCGGGCUUCGCCAUCCUGUGCCGCGAUUGGCCCAUUCUCCAGGCCGUGGCCACCUUGCCUUUGCUUCUGCUGCUCUCCUAUUGGUGCUGUGCGUCAGUGUUUCCUGAGUCUCCUCGCUGGCUGAUGGCCACAGAUCACAUUCCCCAGGCCAAGAGGAGCCUGCAGGAGUUUACCACCAGGAACGGCGUUUGUCUCCAAGAGGAGAUGUAUCCUGGUGAAACCCUGCUGUCAGAAAUAGACUCUGCGUAUGGAGAAGACCGUCAGCCGAGACACUAUUCAGUCCUGGAGCUUCGGCGGACUCGUGUUAUCUGGAAGAACUGUCUCAUUCUCAGCUUCACUCUGUUUAUCGGAACGGGCAUCCAGUACUGCUUCACCAGAAACCUGCACAUUUUCUACAACAACUUCUACUUCAUGUACUUCCUGCGCGUGAUAACAGGAGCCCUGGCUUGCGUCUUCAUCUGCAUGUCCGUCAAUCACUUCGGUCGGCGUGGGAUGCUCCUGCUGUCCGCCAUCAUCACGGGGCUGUCCUCGCUGCUGCUGCUCGCCCUCACGCAGUAUCUCCAAAGCGGCCUGGUGUUGGUCCUCUCUGUGGUGGGUUUGCUGUUCUCUCAGGCUCUCGCCAUGCUCAGUGCCUUCUUCGCCUGUGAGGUCAUGCCAACUGUGGUUCGGGGCGGCUGUUUUGGCCUGGUGUUGGCAGCGGGCUGCGUUGGGAGGGCCGCCUCCUCGCUGAUGGAGCUUCAGAACAACAGCGGCCACUUCUUGCACCACGUCAUCUUCGCCUCCUUCGCCGUCCUGUCGGUGCUAUGCAUCAUGCUCUUGCCUGAAAGCAAACGCAAGUCGCUGCCGGACUCGCUGAAAGAGGGCGAGAGCCAGCGAAGGCCGCCCCUCUUCCUGUCCAAACCGGACAGAGACAAUCUGCCGUUGCUCUGCACGCAGCCUCAAGUGUCCGAGUACAACCCGGAUAAUUAUUCCCGCUUGGUUUCUGCCACAAGGAAGAUGUUGACCAAAGAUAAUUUGCCUUACAGGAUCGGCGGGCCAGAUGUUCCGUCUCUGCUGUCAGACAGCAACAAGCAGGAGCAUCAGAAUGAGACACAGAGGGAGUUUGUGUCAUAAACCUGUUAAUCAGCCUCAUCCCGCAGACAGAUACAGACUUAUUUUCCUUCCUUCUUCCAAAGAUACCUCAGAUGGAAAGAGUACCAACCUCAGAGCACCUUAUAUCUGUCUCUUGGUUACAUAAGGUUUAGAGACAUCCUUUCUUUGAUUCGGGUCAUGGACCUUAAGCUGACGCCUUUUGUCAUCCAAGCUUCAGAAAGUUUUUUAAGAGUUCUAAAAAUCACAUUUCUGCCUGUGGAGAAGAAGUACAUCGCUUUCAAAGCGUUUAUUUUUAAAAUCAGGGUUGUGUGGAGUAGUUAAUGGUAAUAGUGAGUAGCCAGGAUGUGAAUGAAUAUCAGUAUAUGAUGCAGUCAUGCAAACGGCUAAUCCAAGCUGGACUCAUUCAAGAGCAAGUUUGAAAUCCAAAAUAUUUUUAGCUUAAGCUAUACUAAAUACUUUUACUCCUGGUCACAUUUGCACCUCGGGGUUGUUGACAUUUGUUUUCUUUUCAGCUGUAGCUGCCGUUACUGCUAACAUAUUCUACCUGAAUCUGCUGCCUCUGUGUAUACAGAUAUAUUUGUAUUUCACAGGAGAAAUACACAUUUUGGUUUUCCUUUUGGGUUUACAGUAGAUCAGUUUAAAAUAAUAAAAUAAAAUUAUGCUGCAACUUAAAUGUUGUUUGGCUAAAAAAAAAAAAAAAAACGAAUGAAGUGGAUGAUAUUUGGCACAUGAGUUGAAUUUGAAAUGUAAACGUUAGUAAUGUAGAAUUUCUCACCUAUUCUUUAAACGGGAAUCUGGCUGACUGAUUUAUGCUGCUGGUAAGAUAGUGAUUAUUUUAAGCUAUUCCACAGAAACCCAAAUGAAAAAAAAACAACAACUAAUCCUUUAAAGUGUCUCAUCUGUGGUUGAUAGUUUGGACUGCAGCCAUUCAUCUGUUUUCCUGGGAAACCCUUUAGUGCGAUAACCUUUACUAAAAGAGCAGCAAAAAAAAAAAAAAAGAUAACCUUGUUAUUGAGGAUGACUGCAAUACAUAUAAAAGGUGAAUCUGAAGCUCCACUUAUUGUCCAGGUUUACAUGCACGCUUCGUUAAGCCCUGCAGUGCUGCCUGCUGAUACAGAAAGUUAGAAAAGUAGCAGUUUAAAACUCUUAACGAGACACUAGUUUAAAAGAAAAAAGAAGCCCUGGGGAUGUUCUGUUGGUUUCCCCAAUGUCCACAGGUUUGUAAAAAAAAGUAAUAAUAUCUGACUUGGAUUAUCCUGCACACGCUAAUGCUAAUGUAGCCUUUAAACAGAACAUUGGUGCUGAUUUUGUCCAAUGCAUGCCCCGUGUAGCUGUCAGGACCCUUGGGUUGAUAUAAUCUGUUCCUGUGAAGCAUGGGACGGCGCCAGCUGAUUAUUGUGCUUGUAACAAGCAUCGUUCAGGCAAAACAAAUUAAAUAUGUCUGAAAGUAAUGUGUGUAGAGGCGGUGAAUCAUUUUUUUUCUGUUUAAAAAGUUUGCAAAAAAUUAUAAUUUUCCCAAAUUUAUGAAAUGUUUUUCACCACUGCGUGGCUGAAAGGAAAAAAAAAAGAGGAAUUAAAUUAAUGAACUGUGGCAACGCUGAUGCUUGAAUGCGCUGUGAUUUGAGAACCAAGUGUUUCCGUUGAGGAUUUAAGAAAAAAAAGGUUAAAGUAAUGCUAAGAGGUGAUUAUGUAUUUCAGUGUCCUGAAUCAAACUUUUUUUUCCUUCCCUCAUGUCUUUUGUGUUUAAAAUAAGAAAAUGAGACUCUUGUUUUUUUUUUUUUAAAUGUUAUACUGUAAAGCCAACUUCAGGUCCUCUUUUCCAGUGACCAAUCAGUGGUGCUUCUGUAAAGUAAAGGUACAACAGUUUACAGUUUUCUUUGUUUUAUAUUUUAUUGUCCAGUAAAAACUUUACAAAGA